AUGUCUCUGACGAACGCCGACCCCUUGGAGGCUGCGCGCUCUGCCCGCCUGGCAUCGCGCACGCUCGCCGUGCUGCCCGCCCAAGCUCGCAACGACGCCCUGACGGCCAUUCACGAUGCUCUGGCCGCCGCACGCGACGACAUCCUGGCCGCGAACGCCCGCGAUCUGGCCGCCGCCAACCAGGCCGCGCAAUCUGGCGAGCUGAAGGAGAGUUUGAUCAAGCGCCUCGACCUCGGCCGCAAGGGAAAGUACGAGGACAUGCUGCAGGGCAUCCUCGACGUCAGACUCCUGGACGACCCGCUCGGCAGGAUCGACGUGCGGACCCUGCUAGACGACGACCUUGUUCUCGAACGUCGCUCGUCUCCCAUCGGUGUGCUACUCAUUAUUUUCGAGGCUCGCCCCGAGGUCAUUGCAAACAUUGCUUCUCUGGCCAUCAAGUCUGGAAAUGCCGCCAUCCUCAAAGGCGGAAAGGAGUCGACCGAGUCUUUCAAGGCCAUCUCCACCGUGAUCUCAACGGCGCUCGGCACCACGGCUGUUCCCAACGACUGCCUGCAGCUGGUGACGACCAGGGAUGCCAUUAAGCCCCUUUUGGAGCUGGACCAGUACAUCGAUCUCGUCAUCCCACGCGGCAGCAACGAGCUUGUGUCUUCGAUCAAGAAAAGCACGCAAAUUCCUGUGCUCGGCCACGCGGACGGCUUGUGCUCGAUUUACCUGCGGGCCGAUUGCCCGGUCCCCAUGGCCGUAAAGGUCGUCGUCGACGCCAAAACGAGCUACCCCGCGGCGUGCAACAGCGUCGAGACGCUGCUGGUGGACGAGGACGCAUUGAGCACCGUCUUGCCCGCCGUUGCCGAGGGGCUGCUGGCCAAGGGCGUUCGGCUACGAUGUGACGCGGCGUCAAAGGCGGCGCUUGCAUCGGCGCUGGACAAGCAUCAAGCGGCGUUCUUGCAGGAUGCGGAGGACCAGGAUUUCAGAACCGAGUUCCUGGACCUCAUCCUUGCCGUCAAGACGAUCGCGCGGGCGGCGAGCGCGGAGGAGGCAGCAGACGUGGCCAUUGCUCACAUCAACGAGCACUCAUCGCACCACACAGACGCAGUGCUGACACAGGACCGGGCCAUUGCUGAGCGGUUCCAAGACGGCGUGGACAGUUCUUCGGUGUUCUGGAACACCAGCACCAGGAUGGCGGACGGGCAGCGGUUCGGGUUCGGCACGGAGGUGGGCAUCAGUACCAACAAGAUCCAUGCGCGGGGCCCCGUAGGACUCGAGGGCUUGACGAUCUACCGCUGGCGCCUCAAUGGCAACGGACAGGCAUCGGCAGAGUACGGGUCAGGGGGCAAGGCGUGGAAGCAUCAGCGGCUGCCAGUGGGCGAGCAGGAACGGUACGCGGCCACGGAAGAAGAGUGGCAGGCGCUGCAGCAGUUCAGAGCGGCGCGCGGGUGA